AUUUAGAGGUAUGAUUUGUCAAUACAUCGGAAUUGAGUUCUAUGUAUGUAAAUCUUCCUUUUUUUGGCAAUCCAUCCAAGAACACAUUUAGCAGAAGACUCCCAACAGCCAUGGCUUCCCCCAAACCUCACGCAGUUCUCAUUCCCGAACCAGCACAAGGCCACGUAACACCUCUCUUGCAGCUCGCGAAGAUCCUCCACCACAGAGGCUUCCAGAUCACCUUUGUCAACUCCGACUACAACCACCGCCGAUUUCUCAAAUCCCGCGGCCCAACUUCAUUGGACGGCAUCCCCGGCUUCCGCUUUGCCGCUAUUCCUGACGGUUUACCGCCGUCGGAAGACGAAGACGUCACACAAGACAUUCCGCAGCUGUGUCUUUCUCAAGCGAAACACUCUGUUGCCCCUUUUAGGGAGCUGCUGCUUCGCCUGAACUCUGACGCUGGAACUCCGCCGGUGAGCUGUGUUGUGGCUGAUGGAGUUAUGACGUUUGCACAGAGAGUGGCGGAGGAGAUGGGGAUCCCCGCCGUCGUGUUCUGGACGACGAGCGCUUGUGGUUUCAUGGCGUAUCUUCACUUCGCUGAGCUGAUAAAAAGAGGCUAUGUUCCACUUAAAGGUGCGUGCUUGUUUUAAUUAGUGUC